AUGAAGUCCGUAGCUGGAAUGAAUCUCGGUUCCUUGGGAAUCCUCCUUGCCGCCAUGACUCUCGCUCUAGCCGAAACUGAGCUGCUCGAGCGACAACCGAGGCUAUCAAAAUACCAAGAUGCAUGGAAGUCAUUGACGGUGCCAGGACGGUACUACUUGUAUAUGAGGUCAUACGAAGAAGAGCCGUUCUACGGGAGAGACCGAAAAUGCGUCUUUAACGAACUGAUCUCCAUCAACGAGGAAGAAAAAUACACUGUCAGCACGUUCGGAUCUAUAAGUACGAAGGACGGCACAACGAGCACCCAAACGGCCUACGCAUGGGCGCAUGCAUCUGAGGGCUACACAGUGCCGAAUGUGAUUGAAGCGUCAAACUCAAAAGAAAAGCUCUUCACCCUGGAGUAUCCAGUAGCUUUCUCGGAGUAUGAUAACUGCGACAUACUGAGGGUUCCUCACCGUGAUAAUGCCUGCGAGCUUUGGGCAAAAGAAGGCAAGAUACACGAGAUCAAAUCGCUCUGUUUCUACGUUUUCCACCUUCUCUGCGGACCGGAAAAGUACUUCGUCUAUGACAGAGACCUUUGCAGUCGAGAAGUGCUUCCUUGCGAAUAAGAAGCGUACGAGGAAUUAAAUAUGGAACCGUGAGCUUAAACAGAGCAAUCGGUUCGGGUCAGCCAGCUUGCCGGGCGCUGGCCGAUUGGGAAUAAGACUACUGGGCCGUGUUUUCUGCCUGCAGUGCUGCAGUCCUCACCUGCUGCUUUAUUUUUCAUUGUGGCCUCCGAAAUCCGUUCACUGGGGCCACCGCACUCACGGUAUGUCUGGGUUUCAAAACACGCAGAAACUACCAACCGCCAUAACUACUCGAUGAUUGAGUGGUGCUUGGCCCGUCUGGCUCCAAAACGCGCAUUGAUUGCAUCAGGGGCUUAAAUUCGAAGCAUUGCUCUUUUUUCGCCAACCCCAGAGGGUGAAGCUAAGGACGAAGAGGUGAUCCGACGACAAUGACACGAUGACGACGACAAAGUGGCGACAGCCGUUGUUCGGCGUAACGUAGAGUAAUGACGGAUGAUCGUUCACAGCGAACUCAGCGAACACAGUUUACAGCUUUUAAGUAUUGUACAGGCAUCACUAAAAAGAAAAUUACAGUAGAAACAGCCUCCGUAUCAAAAUAAUCUGCUGGAACUUCUUAAAUUGAACUUCUUAAAUUCAAUGUAAAUUUCCCGGCGACUGCGGCUAACGUGUAGAGGAAGGAAGGAAAGAUGGAGAAAAGAAAGUAAUAAGACAAGUAGCGCAAAAUAAUGUAAGAAGUGCAGGUGACUGAACAGAGCCCUGCUGUAGAUGACAGUCCCGUCGCCUGUAUUCGUUCUACUAUUUGGCACUGCGUUCCAUCCCGGCUUCUCAGCAACUAUCCCAGCAACGCAUCCUACAGCAUAGCUUGAAAAACAAAAAAGAAA